AUGUCGGACAAGCAACUUCCAGAGUGUGUCCGUGGAGCAGGACAGGAACAACAGCCUGUCCCCAAAGUUUUGGUCCCCCUGUUGUUCCUGACACCUCAAGAACUAUCUCAGGACCUGAGAGUCCGGGAUCUAGACCAGGAUCUGGAGCAGGACCGGGACCCAGAAGAGACACCAGUUAGGAUCCAGGAUCAGACCAGUGCUGCUGUAAUGAACCCUUUGAACCAGAGCAACACCAAGAUCUGUGUUUAUCCAAACAAACCCACUGAUGCGCCUCGUGCCAAACGAGCCAACACACCUAAAGGGGAGUACCCGGUGGACAUGUUCUCGCUGGAGCAGAGACGUCAGGGCUGGAUUAUACUUCACCUUUUUGGGAUGAUGUACGUGUUUCUUGCAUUGGCGAUCGUUUGUGAUGAGUUCUUUGUUCUGACGUUGGAAAUCAUCACAGAAAAACUGAGGAUAACUGAAGACGCUGCCGGGGCGACCUUUAUGGCGGCCGGCGGAUCUGCUCCUGAACUUUUCACAUCGCUGAUUGGAGUGUUCAUCUCUCACACCAACGUCGGGAUCGGGACAAUCGUUGGUUCGGCCGUCUUUAACAUCCUGUUUGUCAUUGGCAUGUGCGCUGUCUUCUCCCGUGGAGUGCUGAGCUUGACCUGGUGGCCACUGUUUCGGGACAUGUCCUUUUAUGUCCUCUACUUGAUUAUGUUGAUUGUGUUUUUCCUGGACAACUCCAUCCAGUGGUGGGAGAGUGUACUGCUUUUGUUGGGAUAUGCAGCUUAUUUGACCUUUAUGAAGUUUAACGUUCAAGCUGAAACAGCGGUGAAGGUGUGCUGCAAGAGACGCAAGAACAGAGCUGUAGGGAGCACCAACGAGUCGGACAAGGAGAGUGUGGGUCAGUCAGUCAGUCAGAUGUGCCCAUACUUUUUUCUGGUCAACAGGUGGCCGGAUCUCCUGCUUUUGUUUCUGAUGUUGAACCCGGGACCAUACCUGGGCCAGACCCCGAGAUGGACCCACCUGAAACCGAGAUCUCAGAGAAAGGGGAUGAUGGAGAUGCAGAGAAGGAGAGUCCCCCAGACCCGGCCCAAACAGGCCAAGUACUUGUUCCAGCUGCCCAUUCUGCUCCUUCUGUGUGUCACACUGCCCAAUGUCAGGAAGCCGGCCUGGUGGAAGUUCUUUGCUGUGACGUUCAUCGGCUCCAUCUUGUGGAUUGCAACUUUCUCAUACUUCAUGGUGUGGUGGGCCCAUCAGGUGGGGGAGACUGUGGGCAUUUCGGAUGAGAUCAUGGGCCUCACCAUUCUGGCAGUGGGCACCUCCAUUCCGGACCUCAUCACCAGCGUUAUCGUGGCCCGAAAAGGCCUGGGCGAUAUGGCCGUGUCUAGCUCUGUGGGCAGCAACAUCUUCUACAUCACAGUAGGUCUCCCUUUUCCCUGGCUACUCUCCUCCCUGACCCAUGGUGGAGAGGCAGUGUUGGUCAGCUCUAAUGGUCUGUUCUGUGCCAUUGUUAUGCUCUUCCUCAUGCUGCUCUUCAUCAUCAUGUCCAUCGUUGUGUGUCGCUGGAAAAUGAACCACACACUGGGCCUCAUGAUGUUUGUCCUCUACUUCCUCUUCCUCCUGUUCAGCGUUCUACUUGAGAAUCACAUGAUACCGUGUCCCGUGUUCAUCUAA